CUCUCGCACCCCACCCGCGCCGCACCCCUCUCACCACCGCUCAGCCCCGCCUCUCCCACUCACCAACCCCACUGCACGCACCAUGGCCCCCUCCGCCACCUCAGGCAGCGCCUCGCUCGACGCGCCGCUGUCGAAGCUCUCGCUCGCCGCCGCCGGCAGCAGCAGCGACAUCGACGACCUGCACAGCAAGUUCGUCGGCGACGUCGACCUGCCCGAGAGCGAGGAGCCGCUGCUUGUCGAGAGCACGCGCCGCUUCGUCCUCUUCCCCAUCCGCUUCCACGAGAUCUGGCAGUUCUACAAGAAGGCCGAGGCCUCCUUCUGGACGGCCGAGGAGAUCGACCUCAGCAAGGACAUGCACGACUGGGACAACAAGCUCAACGACAACGAGCGCCACUUCAUCUCGCACGUGCUCGCCUUCUUCGCCGCGUCCGAUGGCAUCGUCAACGAGAACCUCGUCGAGCGCUUCUCGGGCGAGGUGCAGGCCGCCGAGGCGCGCUGCUUCUACGGCUUCCAGAUCAUGAUGGAGAACAUCCACUCCGAGACCUACUCGCUGCUCAUCGACACGUACAUCCGCGACCCCGCGCAGCGUGAGUUCCUCUUCGACGCCAUCGAGACGAUCCCGGUGAUCAAGAAGAAGGCCGACUGGGCGCUGCGCUGGAUCUCGGACAAGAAGGCGUCGUUCUCGGAGCGCCUCGUGGCCUUUGCCGCCGUCGAGGGCAUCUUCUUCUCGGGCUCGUUCGCCUCGAUCUUCUGGCUUAAGAAGCGCGGCCUCAUGCCCGGCCUCACCUUCUCCAACGAGCUCAUCUCGCGCGACGAGGGCCUGCACACCGACUUUGCCUGCCUGCUCUUUGGCCACCUGCGCAAGCGCGCCCACCCGGACACGGUCAAGCGCAUCAUCACCGAGGCCGUCGAGAUCGAGCAGGCCUUCCUCACCGACGCGCUGCCGUGCUCGCUGAUCGGCAUGAACGCGGCGCUCAUGCGCCAGUACAUUGAGUUCUGCGCCGACCGCCUGCUCGUGUCGCUGGGCAACGAGAAGCACUACAACGCCACGAACCCCUUCGACUGGAUGGACAACAUCUCGCUGCAGGGCAAGACGAACUUCUUCGAGAAGAAGGUCGCCGAGUACGCCAAGGCUGGCGUCGCGCGCAAGGAGACGGUCGUCGGCGAGGAGGGCGACGGCAUCCAGCGUGGCGGCCACGGCUUCACGCUCGAGGAGGACUUCUGAGCGCGCGCGCAGCUGCGUCGGGUCGCCGGCACCAUAUCCCGCCCCGCAUGCCUGCGGCCGCCGCUCUCGUCCCUCUCAUGUCACCGCUCUCGAGGCGCAUGCCUGUUCCCUUCCCAUGCCCCGGCCUCUUGCUGUACACUAGGAUCCAUGUCUCAUCUCGCACGUCUCUUUCAUUUGCAUAUUGUUAUCAUG